AUGCCCGUGUCAAUUGCACUGUCGAGCUCAACGUGUUUAACUCAGCUGUUGGAUGACGAUACAUUAACCCCUAGCAUAUGUCAAGUGAUUCGAGCACAAGAUAUGCAGCAAGGUGUUAUCGAAAUUGUCAAUGCCAUAUGGCUACUGUACAACAUUCGUGAAAUAAAUUAUUAUCAGGCACAUUCUACUUCGAACGGAUUAGUUGAAACCAUACCGAUCAGCGAGCCAGCAAUUUUACGUACACCGUGUGAAAAAACAAUAGUAUGUAUGGACGUUCAAUUACCAGCAGCAACGUGUAUUCAACGUCGAAUCAUCUUUAAACCAAGUCUUUUUACCAACUUCCUGAAUCGGCCAACUUUCAUUAUACCAAUUAAAAACAUGACGAAAAGAUUGCUAUCAACAUAUAAAUUACAAGCAGCACAAUCGGCGAAAGAGAUCAUGACAGAAUUUAAACCAACUCAGUCAAAAACAUAA